AGUUCACGGGAAGUCUUUUAGUAACGGAUUAACCGUCAAGCAGUGCGCAUCGAUCAUUCUACGAAGAAAUCCUUGAUCGUACUAUCGACUUUGAAUUGUAAAUCAACAGCCGAAAAAGUCAGAUAGCAAGAAACAUGAACAUCAAGAUAGUUCUGAUCUGUAUGAGUCUCGUUUUGUUCGUGUUUGUCGACAUCGGAGAUGGAAAAUCGUCUAGACGGAGAACCGGGAGCAGUGGUUGGGGGAGUUCUGUAUUUCGUUCGAGGUCAACACCUCGUCCUCGUACAUCUCAGACUUCUCAAAAUACGUACCAGCAAAGUAAUCAAGGGGGCUCCACUCCUAAUAAAAUAGGGUGGAACGUUGCGAACGAUAAGAAACCAGCAAGUGGAACCAAUAUCAAUACCGCGCCUAAACCAUCUGCUCCUAUAUCCGAACAGAGUUCUAAGACUAGCGCGACUAACGUCCAAUCUGGAUACAGUCCUUCAGGUGGAUAUCAUAGUCAACCAGCCAGCAACCCUUAUCAUACCAACUCCAACCCAAAUCUAUCACCUGGGCAAGGUCAUAAUCCAUCAAUAGGAGGUUACAACCCUUCAAUUGGAGGUUACAAUCCAGUUGGUCAAGGAUAUAAUCCCUCUUUAGGUCAUGGUUAUAAUCCAGCACCUGGUCAAAGCUACAAUCCUGGAAUAGGAGGACAUGCACCUUAUGGUGGAAAUCCAUCUUAUGGUGGAUACAAUCCAGGCUUUGGACAGUCUUUUAGUCCAUCUAUGGGACAGCAACCACAACAAACGAUUCUCUUAUCGCAAGGACAGAAACCUGGUAUAGGGCAAUUAGCAAAAGAAGCGUUCGUCUUCGCUGGCGUGAGCGCCGGAGUGAACGCAGCCGUGAAUCGAUUAAUACCAGGAGGAAUCUAUGGCACGAGAGGCACUAGUAGCGGAGCUGCUCCCAGCCACACCGAAAUUACUUAUAAUAAUUAUUAUAAUAAUGGAACUGCUAUUGUCCCGGCUCCAAAUUCUGAUCAACCGGCAGCUGCCGCAGCUCCUGCGGCUCAACCGGCAGCUGCCGCAGCUCCUGCGGCUCAACCAGCUCAAUCAGCUGCUCAACCUGCUGCUGAGACAUCUCAAGUUUCGCAGAAUAACGCAGGUACCAAUGCAUCACCGAAUAAUCAAAACUCUCAAGAUUCAGCACAAAACAAUCCUAAUCCUCUGGGAUUCAUCACCUCUAAUGAUGACAUCAAAAAGUUAACGGAAAAUUUAUUCGAGAAAGAGAAGAACAGUGCUCUUAAGCAUAUAACGAUCAAUUUACAAGGUCAGAAGAAAGAUGAUAGCACCAGCGACGACGCUGCUGAACCGUUGCUGACUGUGAAUAACGAAGCUUACGAGAUUCCAACCGUGAAAGCCGUGAUAGCCUUACACGAUAACUAUGAGCUUAACGUUAAAACGAAAGAGACGGUCACGUCAGAAGAGCGAAAAGAGGAAUCGGAACUUCUUGAUAAGAUCCUAGAAACAGACGUGAUGAAAUCAAUGAUGAAAUUCUUGGCCGAUAAAGGAUACAUCCAAGAUGAUGAAUAUGAGUUUAAGGAUACUAUGAAGCGCAUAUGGUUCUCUCAAUUCAAACGAAUUGACGGAGAUGCGUCAAGUUCCGGUUUUGAAACUGUGUUUCUAGCUGAACAGUUUGACUCAGAUAUAAUUGGACUACAUAAUUGGAUCUAUUACGCGAAGCAAGAAGCAGAGAAGAAGGUCAAUUAUCUUGGAUAUAUGAAGGAAGUCAAACUGGGUGAUAAAGGAGCAGUUUUAAAAAUACGUUCAUCGCUAAACGGUAUAGUGCAACCAGUCUCAACCAUUUUUGUCGGUACAUCACCGGAAUUGGAAUUCGCUUUGUAUACGAUGUGCUUCUUUACUCGGCCUAACAACCCUUGCCCAAUUUCUUUAGGAGGAAUUGAAUUCGUGAUAUUCGUGAGCAGAGUCAACUACUUUGGAAAAGAUAUUUUAAUUUCGGGAUAUCCUGACAUUUAGUUUAGUUGAAAUAAAAUCUGCAUUUUAUAACAUUUAAUAGAUUUUAUAUUAUAUGUUAGCUAAUGUAAUACUGACUUAUGCAAUUUCACUGAGAAGAAUUGAAAAAUUUGAUAAAAAUACGUAGAACAGAAUUUAAAUUGUUGUAAGUGAAUGAAUCUAUAAAUGAGUUCAUCUUUAUUUAAUAUAUAGCAUGCGAAAAAUGUAUUAUUUACUUGAACGAUUUUUAUAUGGCGUUUUUCUAAAUCCGUUAGUUCCAAUAGAGGUAUUAUGGACGGUCGUCCAUGAGCACAUUGAGUAGGUAUCUUCGUCUUGUUUAGUAAUUUCAAAAGCCGCUUACAUUCUUUUAAUGAAAGUGGAUCUCCGAAUUUUAUAGCUCCUAAAAUACUUUUCAUUAGAUGGUAGUGAAUAUAAUGUUAUAAUGUACAAAAGGAUGAGAUUAUUAUUCUAUUAAUAUUUUCUGCUGAAAAAUAUAUACUCUACCUAUUUAUUCUUUA